AUGUCGAGCAUCCAGCAGCUACUGCACGUCUUGCAGGCUCGGCCGGGAGUGGAUCAGCAGAUCGCGGUGCUCCACGAGCUGAACACCUCCCUCACCAUGGCGUCGGGUCACCCCAGCCAGAACAGGGUGGGGGGUGUCAUCCAGACCCUCGUCCCCCUGCUGUCGGGGGCCAACAACGAGGUGGUGUUGCUGGCGAUCCGCGCGCUGAUCACGUGCAUCGACAUCACUCCCCGCGCGGCGGGCAGCCUGGUGGCGAGCGGCGCGGUCAAGCCCAUGUGCAAGCGGCUCCUGCAGAUCCAGGACAUGGACGUUGCCGAGGCCUGCCUGAAGUGCCUGCACCUCCUGUCAAAGGACAACCCCCGCGCGGUCCUGGAGGCUGGCGGCGCCAAGGCCUGCCUGGCGUUCUUCGACUUUUUCCCGCUGGAGCUGCAGAAGAACGCCCUCGGCACGGUGUCGCGGCUCGUGGCCCCGGGGGUGUGUGGGAGGCGGUCGGACAUCCGGCGUGCUCGAGAGGUGAGGCGGUGGUGGUGGUGGUGGCGGUUGUGGUUGUUGUAG